AUGAAAAAAACAAAAAAUCAUUUAUCAGCAAAUUGUUCAACAUUAAAUGUGAUUGGUGAAACAACAUUAGAAAUUAAUAUUCAUGGAUUAAAGACAGAAGUGAUUGCUGAUGUGGCAACCAAUUUAGUUACAAAUUUAAUAUUAGGUAGUGAUUGGAUCCAACGCAAUAAUGUUUAUAUUUUAACACCAGAAAAAAGAAUUAUGAUUCGAAGUAAAGGUAAAGAAGUAUCAACCCCGUUUGUAAACCCAACCCUUUCGGAUUACCCAGGUACUCUCGUUAAUCAAAUUACUCUUCUUCCCUUUUCAGAAUAUAUUGUAGAAGCAAGAAUUCAACAAAACAAAAUGAUAGAUGUAUUAUUUGAACCAAGUCCUCGAUUAAAAAAUAAAGCAUUAUUUUUGGCAAAUGCAUUAUGCAACAUUGAAAAUAGAAGAAUCAAAAUCAAUAUAAUCAAUGCAACGAAUCGACAACAAACACUUUCCAGAGGAACAAAAUUAGGCAUAGCGACACAAAUAUCUGCUACAAUCGGCGUUACCAUAUCAUCAAAUAAUUUAAAAGAACGCAUUCCAAACGGAAAAGCGUGUACGGGGCCCAUUCCGAAAGGGAAAGGAGCGAUUACAUUGAAUGAAGUUAACACCGAAAAUAAUUCGAUUAUAGCAUUACAUAAGAAACAACAUCAAUGUCGCGAAUGUCAUCAAAAUUUCGAAACGAAUAAUGAUUUGUUUAAACAUCUCAGAAGCAAAUGCUAUCCAGAAGAGAUAAGACAGCAAAUCAGUAAAUUAAUCGAACAUAUUAGCGAUGAAAAACAACGAGAACAAAUUUUAAAAAUACUAUGGAAAUAUGGAAAAUUAUUUGACAUUAGUGAACCAUCAAAAAUUGAUAUAACAUUAAAAAAUGCUGUCGACACUGGUGCACAUCGUCGAAUUCAUACUCCACCAUAUAGAAAGUCCAACAAGGAUCAAGAAACAUUAAACAAAGAAAUUGUUAAAAAAUGGUAUUAUUGA